AUGAUAUCAACUAUAUUCUUCACCACCUUGGCUUUGGCUGGUCUUGGUGCCGCCAAGAACAUCAGACUAGAAGAUACCCCCGUCCUCCCGAACGGCUGGGAAGAGGUCAACCAGGCUGUUGAACCUAGUCAUAUUCUGCGACUCUCUAUUGCUAUGCGACAGCCCGAUAUCGAGAACCUCAAGACCGGACUACGAAAACGCGACUGUGUGUCUGGACAGUAUAUCCAGCGCCAUCUCAGCCAGAAGGAAGCCCUCGCUCUCCGAACUCCAGAUGAGAAGGAUGUUGACCAGGUACUGGCGUGGCUGAAGAGCAGAAACGUAACAGCAAAGGCCACUCCUGAAAAGGAUUGGAUUCAUGUCAAGACCACCGUUGAACAUGCUCAAAGCCUCCUCGACGCCAAGAUUGGCUUCUACCAGUUCGCAGACCAAGAGCCCGUUCUUCGAACAAGAGAUUACUCAGUACCGGAGUCUCUAGCUUCAUCCAUCAGCUUCAUCCAUCCCAUCGCCAACUUCAUGCGACCUACCAAGGAACUCACCACUCCUGACCCGGACUUUACACCAAGCAUGCUCAAGAGUCUGCAGCUCGAUAAGCGUGCCAACAUCCCCUGCGGCCGAGCUGUCAAGCCUGACUGCCUCCGUGAGCAGUUCAACAUCAGCUAUCCUGCCUAUAACGGCACCUCUCCCAUCCGCUUUGGUAUUGCCGGUUUCCUCGAAGAGUAUGCCAAUUAUGAGGAUGCCCAGGACUUUCUAAGGAUCUACGCAAAGCCGCUUCACGAAGCCCGUUAUAACUUCUCAGUUCAGUUAAUCAACGGUGCCGAGAACUCGCAGGCCCUCUUCGAUUCCGGAAACGAGGCGGCUCUGGAUGUCCAGUAUGCCAUGGCCCUUGGUUAUCCUACCAACAUCACCUACUAUCUUGCCGACGGUCGUGGCCCUACGUUGGACGAUGACGGCGAAGAAGUAUCCGAGGAGUACAACGACAACGAACCUUACCUCGAGUUUCUCGACUACCUUCUUGACCUCUCUGACGAUGAGGUCCCCCAUGUGCUCUCCGUCUCUUAUGGCGACAACGAGGUUUCGGUUCCCCGCAAGUACGCUGAGCGUGUUUGCUCAAUGUUUGGUCUCCUGACAGCUCGUGGCACAACCAUCCUGGCAGCUUCUGGUGAUGGAGGUGCAAAGGGAUCAAGUAACUCGACUUGCCGCACAAACGACGGUACCAACAAGGAUGUCACCAUGGCCGUCUUUCCCGCAACUUGCCCUUGGGUCACAAGCGUCGGUGGUGUAGCAGCUGGAGCUGAGCCUUUCGAAGGCGCCGAGUUCAGUGGAGGUGGUUUCUCGCAGUACUUUCCUCGUGAGAAGUGGCAAGACUCUUCUAUCAACAGCUACAUCAAAACCCUCGACGGUCACCUCGAUGGCAACUACAAUGCUAGCAACCGAGGUGUUCCUGAUAUUUCCAUGACGGCCACUAGCUUCAUUACUCGACUCAAGGGGCAGCAGGUUGCGCUUCGAGGUACCAGCGCUAGUACGCCUGUGGUGGCAGCCAUGAUUGCGCUUAUCAACGAUGCACGCGUGCGUAAGGGCAAGGAUGUGCUGGGCUGGAUCAACGAGGUCCUUUACUCAAACGAGGUACAAGCAGCUCUUCAAGAUGUUUCUGCAGGAGAAAGCAGGCCAUGCGAUUUCCAAAAAGGCCAUAGCCCUGGUGGUUGGCCGGCAGCAAAGGGUUGGGAUGCGAUUACAGGCCUGGGAGUUCCAUCCGAUUUCCAGAAGCUCUUUGACGUGCUUGUCGCUAUUUGA